AUGGCUUCUAUACUUCUUUCCAUGUCCCUGGUUGGACACUCUUUAGCAGCAGACCUCGAAAAGCGUCAUGGCGACGAGAAUCCGUUCUAUGAGGCUCUCAAUGAUGACCUUGCUCGCUACUCAUUACUAGCACUCGGGUGCUUCGCGGCAUUGAUGUACAUUUGGAAGAUGUGGUUUCGCCUCGCCGGCCACAUGCGACGACUCGCAAGCUUCAACAACGAGCGUCAACGCUAUUUCACGCCUGCCCAUCCGACUCUCGCGAAGAUCAAGGAACACAUCGUCUACGCGCCUCUCUUUCGGAACCGCCACAACCGCGAGUUCCAGCUCUCUCGCGCCGUCAACAUGGGCACCCUGCCCAGCCGAUUCCACACAUUCAUUAUCGUUGGCAUUAUCGCAAUGAACAUCACCCUCUGUUUCGUCACCGUGCCCUACAAGUCAGAACCCGACUCAGUGUCAGGCGUUAUCCUUAGCCGAAGUGGUGUCAUGGCGACCGUGAACUUGAUCCCUCUCGUGCUUUUGGCAGGCAGAAACAACCCCAUGAUCACCCUUCUUCAGGUGCCUUACGACACCUGCAAUCUGAUCCACCGCUGGCUCGCUAGGAUCGUUGUUUGCGAGGCUAUCGUCCAUACCCUCGCCUGGCUUAUCCCGAAGGUGCAAUCUUACGGCUGGGGCACAGUUGCGGCCUCGUUUGCAGGCAGUGAAUUCAUUCGAAGUGGCUUGAUCGGCACCUGUGCCUUCCUUGCGCUUCUCUUCCACUCUCCCUCCGCACUCCGUCACGCUUUUUACGAAACCUUCCUUCACCUUCACAUUGCCUUUGCCGCUCUCGCCUUUGCCUACCUAUGGAUUCAUUUGGACGGGCGAAAUGCUCAAAACUUCCUUCUGGCGACGAUUGUUCUCUGGGCGUUGGAGAGGUUUGCACGUCUUGCGAUCAUUGUGUACCGCAAUAUUGGAGGCCGCACUACCACCGCGGUUGUGGAAGCUCUUCCCGGUGACGCUAUGAGAAUCACUCUCAAGCUGUCGCGCCCCUGGUAUUUCGAGCCCGGCCAGCAUUUGUACCUGUACAUGCCAUCAAUCGGGUGGUGGAUGUCCCACCCGUUCUCGGUCGGGUGGAGUGACGUGGAAGAUGUAAUGGGUGACGAGAAGAGUCUCCCUGUGAGCCACCGGGAUGUCUACGGCCCCCAAAAGACGACGAUCUCGCUGCUCGUCCGCCGCCGAACUGGCUUCACCGACAAGCUCUUCCAGCGCGCCGUGAGCGCUGUCGACUGCAAAGUCUCUCUAACGGCCCUCGCCGAGGGCCCAUAUGGCGCGAUCCAUUCCAUGGACUCAUACGGGUCAGUCCUCCUGUUCGCCGGAGGUGUUGGUAUCACCCACUUGGUACCAUUUACCCGCCAUCUCGUCCAAGGAUAUGCGGAUGGAACUGUGGCAGCACGCCGCGUCACGCUGGUCUGGAUCAUUCAAUCGCCGGAGCACUUGGAAUGGAUCAGACCCUGGAUGACCAGCAUUCUGGCAAUGAACCGCCGACGGGAGGUUCUCCGGAUCAUGCUGUUCAUUACGCGGCCGCGCAACACCAAGGAAAUUCAGAGCCCUAGUUCCACCGUGCAGAUGUUCCCUGGGCGACCAAACAUCGACACGCUAGUCGGCAUGGAGGUCGAGAACCAAGUCGGAGCAAUGGGCGUGUUAGUAUGCGGUAACGGCAGUCUGAGCGACGAUGUUCGCCGGACAUGCAGGAGUCGACAAGACAAAACCCAGAUCGAUUUUGUCGAGGAGAGUUUCACGUGGUAA